UUCCAUCUUCCGGAAAUGCGUGGCUGAGAGAAAAAAAUGGCGUAUAACACAUUGCAUGUACCCGUUAUAUGUGUGGCAUCAACGCAUUUGUUUAACUCUUUCUUUUUGUUUAUAGUCGUCGUUUUUGCAGCAAUAGAAACCUUAAAGUCUGAGGAUGUGUUCAGUGCGAGCCGCACGGCUUCUGUGUCGAUCUCUGCCGCAAGGGAUUUACGGUACCUUUUAUAUGAUGUAAACCCCCCUGAAGGGUUUAAUUUGCGAAGAGAUGUGUACAUCCGCAUGGCCUCACUGGUCAAGACUUUGAGGAAGGAGGGGGAUGACUGGGUAUUGGUGCUUCCCCCAUGGGGUCGCCUCUAUCACUGGCAAAGUCCUGAUAUUCACCAGAUUCGCAUCCCAUGGGGAGAGUUCUUCAGCCUGACCAGCCUGCAAGCCAAUGUACCUGUUAUUGAGUAUGAGGAUUUUAUUGCUGAAAAUGGAGGCCUGUUCAUAGACCAGGUUCUUGUACUGCAGAACUAUGCCGAGGGAUGGACUGAUGGAAAGUGGGAGGAAAAGGUUGACGAGCGCCCAUGCAUUGAGAAGCUACUGUACACCAAAGAUAAACAGGGAAACUACAGGGGCUGGUUUUGGGGCUAUGAAGAAACAAGGGCUCGAAAUGUGACAUGUUUAUCAGCUCAAGGCCAUGCAUCCAUUAUGGCCCCAGUUCUUCUGAAAAACUUCACAGGAAACUCAGUCAUGCUUGAUAGAGCAGAGACUCUCCUACAUGAUCACUAUGCUGGAAAAGACUACUGGGAUACCCGACGCAGCAUGGUUUUUGCGAAGCACCUGCGACUCAUAGGAGAUGAUUUCAGAGCAAAAUACCUGAACUCCACAGAUGAUCGAGACCAUACGUUAUAUAAUGAGGACUGGACCCGCAUGCAAGCCAAGCCCGGCUCUGCUAAAGGAGGUCCAUAUCUAGGGGUUCAUCUUCGCAGAAAGGACUUUAUCUGGGGUCACAGGGAUGAUGUGCCCACUCUGAAAGGGGCUGCCAAAAAAAUUCAAAGUUUGAUGAAGAAACACAAACUUCAGACGGUGUUUGUUGCAACUGAUGCAGAAGGAGAAGAACUGAGAGAGCUGAAAAGAUUGUUGCCAGACAUGGUGCGAUUUGAGCCAUCCAAAGAGGACCUGGAGCUGCUCAAAGAUGGAGGAGUGGCUAUUAUUGACCAGUGGAUAUGCACUCAUGCAAGGUUCUUUAUUGGGACGUCAGUUUCCACUUUCUCUUUCCGGAUCCACGAAGAGAGAGAAAUCUUGGGGUUUGACCCCAACACAACAUACAAGCGUUUCUGUGGAGACUCUGAGAAACAAUGUGAACAGCCCACACACUGGAAGAUUGUUUAUUAACUUUACCUCUGCCUAUCCUGAAUAAUUUGUUUUUUUGCCAAAAGCAGUAUUACAACUGAUAGAAUAAUGGAAUAAAACAAGAUCAAAUUUUUUCAUGGUUUCAGUGUUAGAUGGCCACUGUGUAUGAAAGGCUCAAACUGUGCUGCUCAACAAUGUAAGGUUCAGAAAUUACAUUUCUAUACAGUUUUAUUUAUAAUUGAUGCUCAGUGGGAAUUGUUCAUAAAAAGGUUGUAUUUCCUGCAAUAUCUUGAAAAUCUGUAUUUCUAACUUUCACACAAGCGGAGUGAAAUAUGUCUUGUGGUAACUCACAGUAUUGCAUUACUGUAUUUGGUUUAGAUUUAAUGUUAUUAAAAUGUUUUUUACUGUUUAAGAACGUUACCUGAUGUAUUUUAAGUAUGAUAUUGUAUAUAAAAAAACAAAAGCACAGAUGGAGGAAGAACUCAACCUUUCUAGGUGUAAAGAUCUUGUAUUCAGUAAAGGUUUAUCUACAGAAAGGGUUCUUGCAUAACUGAAAUGCAUUUUUUACUCCAGACAAGCAAAUCUCAAUCAAAGUUAGAAUUAAUUUAUUUUAGUAAUUCAAUUCAAAACACGUAACCUGUAAAUUUAGUAAUUAUUUUUGGUAAAUUCUGACAAUAAUGUCUUACACCUAAUAAAACCCCAGCAGAAAUUCUCAGAAAAUUAGAAAAUCACAAUUAAUGCUUUUCUAGAAGACAAAUAAAGGAUUUUAAACACAGAGAUGCCAGCCUACUGAAAAGCAUAUGUUCUGUAAAGUAUACACAGACAAUAGUUGAUCACGGCUUCGUUACUGAAUUACUGGAUCAACACAGUUUGGCAUGGCAGUGAUGAACCUGUUGCACUGCUGAUGCGAUAAGGAAGCCCAGGUUGCUUUAAUGGUUGUCUUCAGCUCAUCUGCAUUUUGGGAUCUGGUAUUUCUCAUCUUCCUCUUGAUGAUACUCCAUAGAUUUUCUAUUAGGUUUAGGUGAGAUGAGUUUUCUGGUCAGUCAUGUGAAAAUACCAUGGUAAUUAAACCAGGUAUUGGUACUUUUGUCAGUGUGUAUAAGUGCCAUAUGCUACUGAAAAUAUAAAUCAGCAUCUGAAUAAAGCUUGUCAGUGAAGGGAAAUAUAAAGUGCUUCCCGCUGCUGAUGUGCUGUGCUGACCUUGGACUAGAUGAAACACUGCAGACCAACACCAGAAGAUGGCAAAACUCCCCAAAUCAUCACUGACUGGAAACUUUACACCGAACCUCAAGCAACUUGUAUUCUGUACCUCACCACUCUGCCUGCAGAUGCUGGGACCUGGAUUUUAAAAUGAAAUGCUAAAAUUAUUUUCAUCUAAAAAAGAGCAAUUUAGGACGAAAUGCAACACUUGUCCAACGAUAUCCUGGAUACAUCUGUGUGUGGAAGCUCAUACUCCAGCUCCAGUUCAUGCUUCAGUUUCCUAAAAAAUCUUGAAUGGGCUUUUGCAAUCUUAAGCUUGCUGUUACUCGUGUUUCUUGUUCACCAACUGCACAGUUUCUUUCUAUUCAAAGAUAGAUUAACAUUUACCUACAACCCUGGAAUGCCCUACUGUAAAGCUUUUUGUUGCUGGAGUUGUUGUAAAGAAGCUUUGGCCUCUGCUAAAUAGGAAAGGAAUUUGUUGCUCUGCAUGCCUGACAACUUCUCCUUCUGGAGGUUCUUUGGAAAUAUUUUAAUUGUUUUGUGCAGCAUAGUCUAUAAGGAUGAGGUACAAUUCAAACAAUGUUUUUCAGUCAGUUUUUUAUUCUGAAACCUUGCUGAUAAGUCUUAAUGUAAUUGUCUCAUUUUCUAAAGCCUUUCUUGCUUUCAUAAUUCACUGUACAGGGAUUUGUUGUGUAUCUUAUAUCUUAGCUGUGAAAGGGGAGUGAGAAGGGAAAAAAAGUCUCAGUUUUUCCCACUGGAUUCACCUCCUGAUAUUGUGUGUCUAAUCACAGUGGAGAUCUCAGCAACAGCUUACAAAAUGAUGGCGUGUAAUUGAUCCUUUGGUCCCACCCUUUAGCUUUACAACUACAUUUUUAGAUCCGGUGUCUCCUAUCUUUCUCUUGAGGAAAUCCCAUAGAUUCUUUAAGAUAUCAACACAUUGGUCAUUAGAUGAUAGACCAACACCAACAGGUAACAUGACUCCACAAAUGAUUACUACAGAUACUCCAGACUUUUUUUUCAUUUGAAACAUUUCUAAAAGUAAAAGUUUGGUUUUAAUUUUUUGAUAUACAGUCAUAUCCUACAAAUUACAAUAGGCGUUCCAAUGAGGCUCCUUUGUCAGAUUAAAAGUAACUUUAGAAAAUAACAACCUUAAAGCAGGUAUUAAACAUAUUUUUAUUGAGUCCACAUUUCUGCCUUAAAAAUCUUUUUUUUUCAUUGAUUUGAUGUAAUAUUCUAAUCUAAAGUGUCAUGUUUUCAUUAGCUUUAAGUUGAAAAUCAUCACAAUGAACAGAAAUAAAGGCUUGAAAAUAUCUGUAAUUAAUCGCGUUUGACUACGUGACCUGAGUUACUGAAACAGGUUAACUUUUAAAUAAUAUUGAAAUUUAUUAAUAUCACUAUCAUCCGUUAUUGGUGUUAAGAAAUGUUAAUUAAAAGAUAAGGUAUUCUAAAUUCUCAAAUGUCAUUGAGAGUUUUUAAGGGAUGUUUUAGACAGCAUCAGGCCAUUAUCAGACAAAAAUUUGUAUCAAUAAAUCAAUAAAUACAC